UCCGGUAGCUUGUUUAUCUUUAUGCUUGUAUCAUGUAUAUUGUAUUGUAUUAUGAAAAUGUGAAAUUCGAUUUGUGAUAGUCCAAAUUUUAUUAUAAACUGAAAAUUGAAGAUAUAAACUGUUUUUUUUUGCUGCUUCUUCAAAUUAUAAAAUAUAAAUUAUAAAAUAAUAUUUUUAAUCUUUAGUUGUGUGUAUUCUAAAUUAAAAAAUAACGAUGGCUCUUGCUAGCAUGCAAAGGAAAACCAAUGUACGAUUGCCUCCAGAAAUUAAUAGGGUUCUUUACAUUAGAAACUUACCUUACAAAAUAACAGCGGAGGAAAUGUAUGAUAUUUUUGGAAAAUAUGGUGCCAUUCGUCAAAUUAGAGUAGGCAACACCCCAGAUACAAGAGGAACAGCAUUUGUAGUAUAUGAAGAUAUAUUUGAUGCAAAGAAUGCCUGUGAUCACUUGUCUGGAUUCAAUGUGUGCAAUCGAUACUUAGUUGUCUUAUAUUAUCAGUCAACCAAAGCAUUUAAAAAAUUGGAUACGGACAAGAAGAAAGCAGAAUUAGAAAAAGUUAAAAUGAAAUAUGGCCUCAGUGAAGAAAAUUAGAGCUAAACUAAAUCAUUUUCUCUGCAGAUAACUGAUUAAAAACAUAUAAUGUGCAUGGUAUUGAUUAACUAUAACGGAAUAUGUAAAUAUUAAAUUAAAAUUAAGUUUAAAGAUUUUUUUAAAAUUAUAAUUAUAACUUUGAUAUAUCUUAUUUUAAAUGUAUUCAGUUACAGUCAAAAGUACUAGUAAUUAUAGUUGACUGAGACUGUCUAUGGGAUCAUUAAGUCUUUAAGACAAAUUUUAUUUUUCAAUGUAUUUACCUAAACAUAUAUUAUACACGUCAAUACAUGAUUCAAAUUAUUAA